AUGACCAUAUUCAUCCCCACACGACACCGUUUUCACCUACACCACGCUACCGUCGGGGCCUCACCCCCGCCAAAACCUGCUAUUGUCGUCGCCACGCCACCCUCUCACAAUUUCACUUCCACUUCUGCCCCUCCCUUGCGUUCCCAAUUCCAGUUCUCCCCAAUCGAAGUUCGAUUUCGCAAAACACUCGAUUCCAGAAGCUUCGAUUCUCGAUCGCCGAGAAACGGAGCCCUAAAAAUAAUUCUUCUAGGGUUUCUCUGUCUUUGCGUGGCUUUGGUAUUGAAGCUUUUGAUCCGUUCGGGAAUGGGGGAUCGAGGAGAGGACGAGGAUUUGCAAAUGGCGAUUCGGAUGAGCAUGCAGCGCGCCACGCCGGAGACCAAGCGCAGCAAGCCACAGGAUGCCAUCGCCGGGGCGGUUUCGGGCUCACCGGAAGAUUCGCCGGAAUCAAAGACCCGGCGACGGGAGCUCAUGGCGGCGGCGGCGGAGAAGCGGAUAGCGGCGGCGGUGAGGGUUUUGCCCUCAUCGUUGCCACCGGGGAAGAAGAGUGGUGAGUUUGGGAGGAGAGAGGAGUUGCGUUUGAAGAGUGUGAAUUUGAGUAAGGAGCUUUCAGCGGAAGAAGCAAACCAAUUGUUUGCUAUGGUGUUUGGAAAUGAAGUCUCUAAGGGGAUCCUUGCACAGUGGAGCAACCAGGGAAUACGGUUUAGCUCUGAUCCUGUAACAUCAAUGGGCCUAGUGCAGCAUGAAGGUGGUCCUUGUGGCGUUUUGGCAGCUAUACAAGCAUUUGUGCUUAAACAUAUCAUUUUCUUCAGUGAUGAGUUGAAAGAUGUAUCAUGGAUGCCACAGAAGGGUCCGGGUGCAUCAUUUAAAAGUCUACCGGUUCCAUCUUAUAAUUUUUCUUCACUCACUGAAGGUGUAAAAGUAAGGUGA